UUAUCCUGUUAGGCAUUACACAAUUAUACACUUUAGGCUAUACAAUUACUCCCAUGAAGGACUGCUCCCGUCCAUCACCUAUGCUUUUGUGUAUUGCAAUUGCUGAGAGGAGUGUUAGGACUUCAUGGCAUGUUUGGGUGGCUAAGUGAUUUUAUUCUAAGCACUAUUCCAUCACUAACGUCAUCGACUAGUGCGGUAGGGAGAGGUGAUCUCUGAAUGAAUCCAAAGUGUAUAGUUCUGUCAUAAUUUAUCUAAUGACUAUGAUGGUAAGGAAGCAAAUAAAAGUUUGACAAUUAUAAAGUAUGCUAUUUUUUAUUUUUGCAUUGUUCUUCAAAAUUGGUCUUAGUUUAUUGUUAGUUUUUACAACACACACUAUACUUUUUCUUCCUCCUCAAUGUGAUCACUAUCCUGGUAGUUUCAUGUCUUUCCUUAACACAGUCAAUUAUUUUAACUUAAUCUACUCGAUCUACUAUGUAGUUUAACUUCAUAUGGAAUUUCUUGAUCAGCAUCGAUAUGUUUUUUCCCUUCUAAAAUCUCACGUACAUUCCCCCCUUCUCUUUAUCUUCCAGUUGAAGUAAACAUCUUUUAAACAAUCCUAACCAUUUGGCGCUUCUAGCGCUUAGUGCUUUAUCCUUUGGCAAGAUUUUUCGAUAAUUUCACCUCACAGAAUAACCACGACUACUUACCUCAUUACUACUAAAAGAAUGAAUUUAUGUGAAAAUAAAUGGCUUGCUUUUUUUUAAAAAAAGUUAUUUUACAUUAUUAUCAUCUUUAGAUCCUAUAGGUUUUGUCUCUUCCUCAUACUGACGAAAAGAGAUCCGAAAGGAAGAUGGCUUAUGGUACUGUUCAGUCACCGGUCAGACCCUCAUAGAGCAUCCUUUUUUACCAAAUAAAAAUGCUGAAUAAGUACACUUUCUUGUGUAAAUUGUUAUCGUAAAAAAAAAUAAAAUAAAAAAUAAUUUUUUUUUUUUUUUUUUUUUUUUUUUUUUUUUU